AUAAGGGUAUGGCUGGCUCCCAGGUGACCCUGUCCAGCCCGGUGAACCAGAGCAGAGCCAUGCUGGAGGAACAGGCCCGCCACCUGCUGACAGAGACAGAGAGGCAGACCAUGGGCUACUACGUGGAGGAGUACCGAGACGGACACAUAGGGGUGGAGCAGCUGGUCUUGGCCCUGUUUGAACUGCUCAACACACAUGCCAAGUUCGCCCUGCUAUCAGAGGUGCGUGGCGUUGUAACUCCCCAGGAUCUGGAGCGUUUCGAUGGGAUGGUGCUGCGCCACGAGAUCCAGGCUUUGGAGGCUCGGCAGGGGAGUGCCUGUGCGGCCGCUCUCCACUCUGACUCCAUCUCUAUGGUCUCCUACCCAGAUACCCUGGCCUCCUCGUCAACGAGCUACAUGACCUCCACCACCCUCAGUUCUGCACGGGUAGGGCGACUGGGUUGGAGUGGACCCACUCUCUGUCUGUCUGUCUCUCUCGCUCUCUAUCUCUGUCGGUCUGUCUGUCUUGUCUGCCUACCUGUCUGUAUGACUUUCUGUGAAAGUCUGAGUCAUUCAUCUUUCCCAGUUGUCACUGAUGCCUCGAAGCAGACCUCUUGGAAGUUGUCCCUGUUUGAUGAGUUAUCCACAGACGACGCAAUCGCCAUUGCACUGCACACUGUCCUUACCCACCCGGACAAAAGAAAUGCAUAUGUGAGGAUACUGUUCAUUGACUACAGCUCGGCCUUCAAUACCAUAGUGCCCUACAAGGUCAUCACAAAGCUCACAGCCCUGGGUCAGAACUCCUCCCUAUGCAACUGGGUCCUAAACUUCCUGAUGGGCAGCCCCCAGGUGAUGAAGAACUGCGUGGCCUCACACAGUUCCAACUCCACCAUCAUGUUCGCUGAUGACACGCCAAUAGUAGGUCUGAUCACCAACAAUGACAAGACAGCCUACAAGGAGGAGGAUGAGGUGCAUUCCACAUCCGAAUCUCCCCCCACCUUCAACCCCCCACCCCCUCCAGGUAUGCAGAGGCAUCCCAGCAGACGAGACCAGGUCAAAAAACGCCCUUCCUCCGAAUCCUCUUAUUCUGGACUCUACUUCACCGCCCCUGCCCAUAACCCACCCAAGGACCAGAGGGGGAACCAAGGGUCCCCCUCCUCACCCAAGGUCCCCCUCCAAAAGGAUUUCUCUGUCCCCCAUAAGAGGGAACCCUCCGUCCCCCAUAAGAGGGACCCCUCUGUCCCCCAUAAGAAGGAGAUGGCAACUUCCAAGUUUUCCAUGGUCAACAAGCACGCCAUAGGCCCCUUCCCUAGAGUCCACCCGGACAAGGCCUCCUCUGGCUCCAACAAACAGCACUUUGUCAUGGUGGAGGUCCACAGGCCCAAUGCAGAGUCUGACGUCAACGAGGUGCGGUCCCUGCCCCAGUCACGAGGUGCCACCCUGUCCCAGCUGUCAGACAGUGGACAGACACUGAGCGAGGACAGCGGGGUGGACAUUAGCGAGUCGGGGCGACUCAGCAGGGAAAGCAGUCCCCACACACGCCCCCCACGAGACCCCAAGGGGGCACGUGGGGACAGCACCGCCAAACCGCCGGGUCUCUUGGAGCGUACCUCCACACUGGUGAGGGUGGCAAAGAGUGCCAGCACCCUGGGCAUCGCCAUCGAAGGAGGUGCCAACACUCGCCAGCCCCUGCCACGCAUCGUCACCAUACAGGUGGGUCUCAAACAGCCUUGA